CAGGGCAGGGUAUUUCAUAUUUCAAAUUCAAUUCAAAUUUAAAAAAAAAGAAAAAAAAUUCAUGGGGUGUUCAAUAGAAACAAGUAUUUUAAAAAAGAUUUUGUAGCUAAAUAGGUCCAUGUGUACCAUCGUUUUGUGUAUGGGAAAAACAUGAAAAUGAAAGAAAAAUGGAACUUUAUUAUAUAUUUAGUAUGGUUCUCAUAUCUUAUCCUCUCGGCUGUUCUUAUGUUCGGUCAGGGGUUUCUUCUAUCUCGUAAAACAUUAAGCGAUGUAUCAGAAUGUGUACCAUUAGAGAAGUUUGGUUGCGACGGACAUGAAAACUCCAGCAUAAAGCUUCCAUGCAGCGAUGAUGAUAAAAUUCGCCGGAUAUUGUCGUACUCCGGUUCACCUAUAGUAUGCGCUCCAAAGAAGAAUAAAGUGGCAUUGAUUUUAGUGGACGCAUUGCGCUACGAUUUUACAGAAUACGAUAAAAACAAUGCCAGUCCAUUGUAUUACCAGAAUCGGCUGCCAGUUAUUCGUAGGACUGUGGAUAAAUGGCCAAAUCGAGCGAGAAUUUUCCGAUUUAUGGCUGAUCCUCCAACCACUACGCUUCAGCGGAUCAAGGCUUUAGUGACGGGCUCCUUGCCCACUUUUGUUGAUAUGAGUUCUAAUUUUGCUGCUAUGGAGAUACAAGAAGACAAUGUUAUUGACCAGAUAGUGAAUCAAGGUAACAAGGCAGUACUGUUGGGAGAUGAUACCUGGGCCAGACUGAUGCCGUCAAGAUGGCACCGUUCCCAUGCACUAUACUCAUUCCAUACUUGGGACCUUGAUACCGUUGAUAAUGAAGUGGACUCCAAAAUCUAUGAUGAACUAAAGAAGACCGACUGGGACCUACUUGUGGCACACUACCUUGGUGUUGAUCAUGCGGGCCAUAGAUAUGGACCCAAUCACCCAGAGAUGGCGAGGAAAUUAAAAGAAACAAAUGCUAGGAUUGAGAAAUUCAUUGAGGCACUUCCUCAGGAUGUUAUACUGUAUGUCAUAGGAGACCACGGGAUGACUGAAACAGACUCACAAGAAUGGAAAAGUACAGAUGGUGACCAUGGCGGUGAAAGUAAAGCUGAACGUACGGCGGCACUUUUCGCUUACUAUGGGUUGGGUUUCGCUGGUGACGAAUCAGACAGGGCAAUUGGUAGGGAGGUGCAACAGACUGACUUAGCGCCCACAGUCAGUGCCGCCUUGGGGAGACCGCCACCUGCGCCGUCGCUAGGCAACCUCCUGCUGCCUGUUCUACCGAAUAUGCCUGUAACACAUACGUUGUUGCAUUUGAGCAAUAAUUUGAAACAGGUAACUCAAUAUCUCGUGAGAUACGGGGAGGAAUCUCAACAAAUCUCGUCAGAUAAACUGGCACAGUUGAUAAACGCCACGAGAGCACAGAUAGACCUAGCCACGGAAGUUUACACUCAACCAGAACUCCGGGCCUAUAUUUCUGAUGUUAGAAACCUAAUGGAUAAAGUGCGAGGAGCGUUCCGCGAAGUCUGGGUCGAAUUUGACUCUUUGGCCAUGCUUAGAGCACUGUUAUUGUUGCUGUUAGCUGUAUUCUUUAACUGGAUAGUCACUGAAGGCAUCCCUGUUGAACAUAUUCCUAAUGUAUUCAGCAGUACUUUCGUCCCAAGCGGUUUAAUAGCUAUGGCUGUUUGCAUCAGCUUUUGUUUCACAUUGGACUAUUUCGAAAUGAUAGAUAAUUUAGGGCAUGCGAUAAUUUUGAGCACGGGUCUAGUAUCGGGGGCUAUGACAUGCUUACUAGUUAUAACCCACUGGGAUGGUAUAACCCAGAGAUGGUCCGAAGGUCGCUCGCAGUUUUACGAACGGUUCGCUCGGACUGCGUUAUUUGCUUCUGCAGCCAUUUUGGUAUCGAAUAGUUACAUAAUUGAGGAAGGUGCUACGUUGUCGUAUUUAGCGUUAACUGUUUUGGGUUUGUUGGCAUGGAAUGUGAGGACGAUGAAGUCUUUGUUGCUGUGGGCUGGUUUCGGUUUUGUUAUGGUAUUGACUAGAUCUUAUAGAGGGUGUAGGGAGGAGCAAGGAGAUUGUUGGACCUCAGGAGAAGGGAUUUCUACGGGUAACGCGUCUAGAGCAGCUUUGGUGUUAGCGUUGGGUUCUGUGGCGGCUGUUAUAGCGAUCGCUAGACGCCAUGUUGGAUGGAGAGGCUAUGGGGUAGUUAUAGCUGGUAUAUUCGCUUGUUCUCACUGGGCAGUUGGCUGGGGUUCUUUGGGUUCUCCGAGUAGGUCGAGAAUGUUGGCCAGAGGUGCUUGGUUGGUUAUUGUGGCCAUGUUCGCUCUUUUGUGGAAGAAGGACGGCAAAGGUCCGACUAUGCCGUUGGUUGUUGGCGGUUUGCUGUUAUAUUUGGCGAAUACUUUGGUGCUGGGUGCCGCGUUUGCUCCAACGGCCGGCUUGGCACUGCUCUCUGGGUUCAUUGCGCUGAAUGUCGUCCCGAUGUUGAAGACUGAAGGCUCGACCAAAUUUUCGUUGACCACAAGAUGCAGUUCCAGCAUGGCCUGUCUAUGGGCGUUGCUGGCGUCGUACCAUUUCUAUGGGACAGGUCACCAUGCGACGUUGGGCCACGUGCGCUGGGCGGCCGUGUUCCACGCCGGUGACCCCAACUAUACGCCGUUGGGGACACCCAUAUCAGUUGCGUUGAUGUUUGUUUAUUUGUUUGGCAUGCCGCUGAUGUUCGGCGCGACGGUGCCGCUGCUGGCGCUGUGGGGCCGCAACGGCGCAGGCAGCCUCGGGCCGCGCACGCAGCUGCUGGCCGUGUUCUCUCUGUGCCUCAAGUUCGCGCUGUGCUUCGCUGUCAGAGUAUUCGCGUGCGCUUUGUCAGCCACGAUCCACUGUCGUCACCUCAUGAUAUGGGGCGUUUUUACACCAAAAUUGUUGUUCGAAGUUGGGUCAUGCACCGCGGCGCUCUUGGGCGCUCUCAUAGGUGCCACGCUAACAGCUUGGCACGUUCCCAGCCAAGUACGAAGCAGUUGACAAGAGAGAUUUAUGGUCAGUGUACAAAACCGUACCAUAGACAAUUAAAGUUUGACAGUACAUUUUUUUUUUUUACUAGUGAGAUUAAAUCGUAGACAGAGUAUAAAUAGACUGAUUAGCGUGCUUUUGUCAGUCAAAAAAUAUUCGAUUGGCAGCAGCAUUAUACAUUCAUACCAAGCUAACAUUUUACUCCGAAACUAUUUAGUCACUGGCACCAGUUCCAGGCCAGCGCCAUCUAGUGCCACUACUGCACAACUGUUUCUAUUCCUUAGAAAUUUACGUUUACGUUUACGCGAUCGUCACAGUAUGAAAACAUUGAAAACUCCCACUAGGCACUCAGGUCGGGCGGGUCAGUAUACAUUGAGACCGACUCACCUGAAGGUCACAGUAGUGAGCCAGAUUUUGGCGUGAUUAUUAACUGACUUCAUAAAAAGGAGGAGGUUCACAAUUCGACUGUGUAUAUUUCAUAUCACAACACUAUGCCUCGAUAAUCGGUACUAUACCACCCGGCAUAACACUGAAUAUCGAAUCGCUUUCAGAUUUUUCGCUGUCCAUCCACAAGUUGUUCCCUUUUUUGAGAGAAUUCUACGGAUACUAUCAAUGCGUCUAUUUACUUCUCUGUCUACGCAAACAAUGUAUUAAAAUACAUCAGCGCACCGCUUUGGUAUUAGUUUAAUAGUACGAGAUCCGGCAUAAGAAGUAAAUACCCUCAUCUGAUAUUUUUUUAGGAUAAGAAAUAAAUAAUAGAAUAUACCCAAAAUAAUUGUAAACUGCUUUCACACUGUGGGGUUGUCAGAUAUAAAAUGUUAAGUAAUGUUAUUAAUAUACCCCAUCAGUCUGUACUGAGUCGUCUAAUAUGUCAAACGAAAGCUUAUUUUAUGCUUAAUUUAACUUUAUUAGCUUGCCUUUGAUCUAAUUCAUGGUUUCCUAGAUUUUGUAUGUAUAAAAAAUGUGUCUGGCUGCAAUUUAAUUUAGACAACCUAUUUGCAAUCUGUCCCUGUAAAUAUUUUUCUACUAUAUAAAAAUAAGUCGGGUUUUCCUUCCUGACGCUAUAAGUCUAGAACGCACGAACCGAUUUCCACGGUUUUGCAUUUGUUGGAAAAUAGCAAAGAAAAUUAGGGGUAGGGUUGUUGGUAGGGAAGGGGUAGGGUAUGGAUAGGUUAGGGUGGGGCUACUUUCACGCGGACGAAGUCGCGGGCGUCCGCUAGUUAUCUAUAAUUUUUUUCUUAUCACUAAUAAAUAACAGAUGAGGGUAUAUAUUUUUAAUGCCGGAUCUUAUACCAUAAGCUUGGACGCAGUAGUCUCUAGAGGAUUUGAGUGGUACAAUGAAUAUCAACUCGCAGACGAUAUUAACACAUCCAUGUAUGUGUAAAUAAUUUAUACAUUUCUUAAAUAAAUACAAUAGAAUAAUUCGCUGUCCAAAUUGUCAGGUGUGUAAAAUACUCGCUUAAAGUCAUAGAAGUGCAAAAGUUACACUUGAUCUUUAAACUUUUUGUUGAAGAUUUUGGAAAAUAUUGUAUCAAAAAUUAAAAAUAAGAAAUAUUUUUGAAAUUAUUUAAUUAUAAUUUAAUUUUCCUAAUAAGUUAGAUAUACAUAUAAAAGUUCACUGUGAAUAAUAUAUUUCAUUGAGUCAAUUAUUUCACAAUGGUAAGCCAUUUUCCGUUUCGGCUGCAAAAAUAUGACGAAAUGAAAUAUCGACAUACAUUUUUGUUCUUUCACGGGUUGUUUUUAUUGUUGUUAUAAUUUUAAGUGGUAUACCUAUUAUAUAAAUAAACUGUUUGUAUACAAUUAUCACUGGUAUAGCUUGUUCAGAAAAAUAAAAAAAAAUCCCGCUAUGUUGCGGAAAAGAGGAAUUAAUUUCUUCUAUUACUAAGCACAUACUGCUAAAAAUUACUUGCGCCACUUUAUAUUUCUGGUCCUACAUAGUCCUUGGGCGCAAAAACACAUUGCCUAGUGGGAGUUUUCAAAGUUUUCAUACUGUGACGAUCGCGUAAACGUAAACGCGAAUUUCUAAAAAAUUGAAACAGCGCCAACUAGUGGCACUACUGCACAACUGUUUAAAUUCCUUAGAAAUUCGGGUUAACGUUUACGCGAUCGUCACAGUAUAAAAACUUUAAAAACUCCCACUAGGCACUGUGUUUUAGCGCCCAAGGACUAUCUAUGUAGGGCCAGAAAUAUAAAAGCAAUAGUAUGAAAACAUUGAAAACUGCCACUAGGCACUCUGAACAGUAAAGGGGCCAUACUCAUCACAGAGAGGUUUGAUUGAAUGGAUCGGAACAAUUUAAGUCUUGGACUUUUGAUCGAAUACGCUGCAUAUCAACGAUAUUUUAUAGCACUGGCCCGCAGUAUACGAUGCCUCGCAUCAUAGACCGCAUUUUUAUUUAAACAAUGUUCGCCAUCUUUUAUAAAUAUGACCAAUAUUCUCAUUUCCCUCCAACUAGUCAGUCGGGAAAGACGGUAUUAGAACCACCACCCCUCGGUGAUGAGUCCGACCACUCUUACCGUUGAGCUAUUGGGGUUCAAUUAGGUUAUAUCUAUGAAGAGUUUCAGAGAUAAAUACUCAAUAAGUCAAUAAAUUUAAAACCUCAAUACUUACUUUGAUCCCUGCCAGUGGAGGAAACCUUGAAGAUCCAUUUUAGUGACAAGAUUUGCAGCGAAUUCGCUCUUUCUGCAUAAGGCUUUAGGGUCGUAUGUUAAUCAACACUGCCAUUUAUUUUGCUUAUUCCACAGUAUUAUACAGAUUGUUACAUUUAUUAUUUAGAAUAAUAUUUAUAAAAUGGUUAUAAAUAAUGUAUAGUUAUUAAGUAUACCUAAUUAAUUUUAUUUCGUUACCUGCUAUACAAGAUAAUAAAGACAGUGUUUACUGCA